ACACUUGCAUAGCCAAAGCUACCCAUAUUUACAAGUACUGGAUUUAUCCGGCCAAGAAAAUUAAUUUCUUGCAGUCAGUCGCCGAAAAUUGAAAUAAACCUUUUUGUUUAUGACAAAGUGCUAGGAUUCUCAAAGAGACGUCUGGAACGAAAGAACCGUAAGCUUCGCAAAUUUAUCUGGCGGCCUGGAGAAGCUGAUUAUUUUGGCAACGGCCAAACAUGUCGUCGUUGGAUGUUGUGACAUGUGGAUCUCCAGUAAAGGGGAAACAGACUCUCAAACGGCAUACAAGCUACGAGGAUGUGCUCAAGGAAUUUAAUUAUGAGAAACUGUGCACGCCCUCUCCGCCUUCAUCUUCCAAGGUUCCGCCCAAGAACAGCGCAAAGAUAUGCCUUUGUGCGCCCACCAAGCACGCAGGAUCCUUCAGAUGCCGCCUACACCGAGCUCCUCAUCGUUCUCACAGGCAAAGCCCAUCAAAGCAUUUCAGCGUAAAGAUCAACAAUAUCAACAGUCUCAAGCCCAGCCGGCUCAGUAAAAUGGCCAAAGACACGCAAGUGAGCAAAGAUAUUGAAAGUCCCUCUCCUGUCAUGGCGGAUUAAAGCUCAGUCAGCUUGAAUGUUUUUUGUUUUGUCUAGACUGGAAUGGAAAAAUGUAAAACGGAUAUUCUAUUAUCUGUGAGGGUCAUGGGGAAGGUUUCAUGUCUUCCUACGAAUUGUGAUCUUUUAUAGACAAAUUCAUCUGAAGUGCAUUCCUCAUUUAAGAAAUUCGUUAAUAUGUAAUCUGAUAUCAUAUCAUUUAAACCCGGGCUCUUAUUAAUUCCUACCGGGAGGAUACUAUGAUUUUCGAUAUUCAAUCACUGUUUUAUUUGCUCUGA